ACGCGGAAUUCGAAGUUCGGCCUCCACGCUAGCAUCGCUUUAACAUAUGUUAGGUUUUUCAACCGGCUAAAUGUAAACAUGAUGCGUAUGCAUAAUCUGGUAUCAAUGAACUCUUAGUGAUAGAGUAGUCAUUAAAUAUUCAUGAGUUACAUGAAUCUGUACGUAAUAAGUAUCUACAAUUUCAUUCCAAAACCUGGGAGAGAUUGUGCCACAUCGCUUCGGAUCGCAUUAGAGUCGAGCGUAUGUACACAGACUGAUACAGACAAUGUUAAGAUUAUAUUAACGAAGAUUUAAAUACAAAGAUGCAGUGGCCGUCGUUUACUCUUAUAUUGACCGAAAUAUUUUUAGCUUUUAUUGCUUAUUCAAUUUAUAGUUUGUCUUUGUUGUUUGUGGCACCAGUUUGCGAGGAAGGCAAAUCAUGCUUAACGUCAUACUUGAAUCAACAGCCACAAGUACAGUUACAGGUGUAUAGUUCUAUUGAUAAAUAUCCCUCAGAUCGACAGAUCGAUUUUGUGUAUGGCAAUGAAAAUUUUAAUUAUACACACCCAGAUAACUUUCCUUUGACUUUGACCAUUCCACGCAAAACGCGAAACAAUGGAACAUUGUUUCUACAUAUUAUCAUUGCACCAAGUUCUAAAAGAUAUGGGAAAAGUAUCAUGGAUGCACAAAGGGAUCCAUAUGUAUCUUAUACGAGUAUUAAAAUGACUCAAUAUAUGGUACCUGAAGCAGAAGUUUUUAAUCUACUAGGUGAAAAAGAAUCUCGUGUAAAAAAGAAGAAAACAAAUUCAAUGCAACCUGUGACUCAUCUCAAAAGCCGUGUAACUUUCACGAUAAUGACAGAUGAUGCGAAGCUUCCUGUGAAUAAUGUACCAAUGGAGCUUGUAAAUCACUUGAAGAUUAUACAUGGGAAAACAUUUUUACCCAUAGUCAAGUGUGAUUUCCUACAAACCAGACAUCAUGAUUUGGUAAAAAUCAUGCCUCAGAAUGACACAGUCAAUAUCACCUUACAGUAUUCUCCAGUUUCUCUUGGAAAGUUAAGACUGUUGCUACACGUGGAAGCUACUAUGCAGAGCUUAAAAAAUCUCGGAUUUUCUGAUAAAGAUGUAAACGAAGUAAAAGGAAUUUUUGCAGACACUAAUAUAUAUAUCUUGGGAGGAACUUUCUUUAUUGCAGCCAUUCAUUUGCUGUUUGAUUUUCUUGCCUUUAAAAAUGAUGUCAGUUAUUGGAGGAGAAAAAAUAAUCUUGUAGGCCUUAGUAAGUGGACUGUUGUAUGGAGAGGAUUCAGUCAAACUAUCAUUUUUCUGUACUUGUUAAAUGAAGGUUCUUCUUUGCUCGUUCUUAUUCCUACUGGGAUUGGAUCCAUUAUUGAGAUAUGGAAAUUAAAGAAGGUAUUAAAGUUUAAAUUUAACAGAGACAAUAAUAUUAAUGUAGCUGAAGCUAAAACAAGACAGUUCGAUGCAGAAAGUAUGCAUUACUUAAGUUACUUGUUAUACCCUCUUGUCAUUGGUGGUGCAAUAUACUCCUUGCUCUAUCAGCCUCAUAAAAGCUGGUACUCGUGGAGCAUAAAUUCCUUAGUGAAUGGUGUCUAUGCGUUCGGAUUUUUAUUUAUGCUUCCUCAGCUUUUCGUGAAUUACAAAUUAAAAUCUGUGGCACAUUUACCAUGGCGAACGUUCAUGUACAAAGCAUUUAACACAUUUAUCGACGAUGUGUUCGCAUUUAUAAUUUCCACGCCGACCGCGCAUAGAAUAGCUUGCUUCAGAGAUGACGCAGUUUUUCUUGUUUAUCUUUAUCAGCGAUGGCUGUAUCCAGUAGACAAGUCUCGCCCAGAUGUUGACUGUAUUGCGAUAAAAAAACGAAAAUACACCAAAGAAGAUGUUUACUUCUCACUAAAACGUUGGUGGGCAGAGUGUUGUAUUAAUCUGAAAAAGAAACAAGACAGGAAUUUGCAUCAUUCUGGAAAAGAUGUUUCAGAAAAUUUAAAAAUCAAACAUGAAGAUAACAACAACAGUGUACUUUUCUAUGGCACAGAUCAGAAAGGUAACUCCUUAUUUGUUAAAUUUUCUCACAGAAAAUUUAAACUGACUGAAGUAUCACUGCAGCUUUCUACAUCUGAUGGUCAGCUAUAUGUUUUGCCCGACUAUCCGGACACUACGCUGGUAAGCAGUUUAAAUCAGGAGUGGAUUGCUGGUGGACUUAAAAUUGAAUUUUUAGAAUUUCAAAAACGUUGGAGGAUAGUUUAUAAUGGCAUGCUUCGGAACUUAGCUCGCGGUGAUAAUAUUGAUCACGUUCGCUUGAAUUUCUUAUUCAUUGAAAGUUCAUAUCCGUUAAAAUGGCCAGAAGAUUGGAGUUCUAAAUUGCAUGCUGAAGUAUUAGCGAGUGAACCAUGGAGUUUCAAAUGGAUAAAUAAAAUAAAAUUAUUCGAUAACGCAGGUUUUGAUCAAACGGGAUCGAUGUUGGGACAAAUAACGUACAAGGAUGCGUCUGUUUCUACAAUGUAUUUGCGUGGACUUCACCAGCAUCGUUGGGGAAAACAUGAAUUUCACGAAUCAGUUACUUUAUUCGUUGUAAUGCCACUUGGGGAUAUAUAUUAUCUUGGCGUGGGCAGUACAAAACACAGCUUUCCACAACUGCAGUUUGGUCAGUUUAAACAUAGCAAUGAAGAAGUAUACGAGAUAGAGAAAAUAGACUUCAAGUUAUCUGAUUUUACCCAAGGAAAGUUUAAUGCUAACUCUACACACAAAGUGGGAUUCGAAGUCGAUGGUAAGGGGUAUAAUAUCGUUGUAAGGGGUAACGAUCCGUUAACAUUACAUUAUGGUCAACCAUGGAACUGGAUAAAUAAAAUUGCUACUGUAAAGUUAGAAGUCAAUGGGAAAGAGGGUUCUGGAUUAAUACAAUUAUGGUCUCCUUAUAGUGGACCAUGUCGUACAAAACUGCCUAAACAGUUACAGUUUUUGAAAGAACCCAACAUAUCUGCACAAAAAAAUGAUUAUGUUUUAUACUUUAAUGAUAAGAAAUGUCAAAAUGAAAGUAUUGUCGGUGGAAAAGGAUUUUCUCUUGCAAUAUUAACCGCGAUAAGGGAUGUAGAAUACGUUGUACCGAGAGGAUUUUGCAUAACUGUUUUUGCCCUGGAAUUGCAAUUAAAUACAUAUAAAGAAUUACAAGAAAUAAUCAGUGACAUUGAGGACGUCAGUGUCGGUAGAAAGGACGGUGAUCUUCAAAAACACUGCGACGAAGCAAUGAGUAUUAUUCAGUCAACUCCUUUAGCUGAUAAGAUAAAAAAUGCGGUUUUGGAAGCAAUAGAAAAUCUGGAGUCAGUAGAUGAUGAUAAAUCACCUAGAUAUGCAAUAAGAUCUAGCGCUGUAGGUGAAGAUAGCGAGGAAACCUCCGCAGCUGGACAGAAUUCAACAUAUUUAGGCGUUCAAGGGGCGGAUAAUGUUAUCAAAAGUAUAGCUAUGUGUUGGGCGAGUUUGUUUUCGUAUCAAAGUGUUAAGUAUAGGCAACAACAUGGCAUGUUUAUAAAAGCAUCUAUGGGAGUUUGCGUGCAAAAAAUGGUAAAUCCUGAUGCAGCUGGUGUAAUGUUCACUAGACAUCCAACCACCGGCGAUCCCUCAAAUAUUAUUAUUACAGCUAAUUAUGGACUAGGAGAGACGGUUGUAUCGGCAGCGGUUGAACCUGAUACUAUAGUCGUUCACAAAACCUGGGACAAUAAAUUAGCUGUAAAAAGUUCGACAGCAGGGAAUAAGAAGGAAAAGAUUUUGGCAAGUGGCGAUGGAGUAGUUACAGUUAAACUGGACGAUCAAGAGAGCAAAACAGUUUGCUUGCCAGACAAAGUAGCUUUACGAUUAGCUGCUAUAGGAAUAAAUUUAGAGACUCUGUUCGGCAGUGGUAGGGACAUAGAAUGGGCAGUGAUCGACGAGAAGAUUUAUUUACUUCAAGCUCGUCCUAUUACUACGUUAUACAUGUGGACAGAAUUCGAACUGAUACACGAAUUAGGAACAGGUGUUCCUAGCGAUAUUGACUUCAACACAUUUGCCAAUGUCGGCGAGGUGUUCCCACAUCCAAUGUCACCCUUAACAGUAUCUAUUCUUCCUCCAACGUUCAAUUCAAAUUUGAACGAUGAAAUUGGAACGAAAAAUCAGACCUGUUUCAGCAUAUUCGGCAUGAAAAACGCCAUAAAUUAUUAUGCUACGUUUCUACGAAAGCCUGCUAAGAAAAUAACGCUUCAGAAUAAGAUCGUAGAUAUUGCACUUAGCGGAAAAGUGGUAAUAACACCGGAACAUCAUAGAAUCGCGUGUGAAAGAAACGGUAUAGCUACUGCAAGAUUUCAAAUGCUUGCAAUAAUAAAGAUGAUAAAAGAAAUGAUACAAAACGGUAGAAUAGAAAGGACUGCGGCGGAAACUUGUAAAAAUUUAAAUUUAAAAGCAGAAGAAUUUUCUACCGCCCACAGUUUAUACGAUGAAAUCACUCGGAGAUUGAAGGAUUGUUUCAGACCGCAAGUAGAUUAUCAUUCGCAUGCAUCGAGAGUUAGUAUCAGUUAUCAAAUCUUCGCAAUGACACUACUGACAAGCGGUUACACAGACUUCGUACCAGAGCAUUUUUCAGACAUUGCGCUUUUAUUGAGUUCUUGCAGCGAUAUUAUUGGUACCGAGGUGGUGAUGAGCCUUAGAAAGAUUAUAACUUACAUAAAGAAAGAUGAAAAGGAUGAGGAAUUUAAAAUAGUUGAACCUACAAAAGGAAUUGAUUGGUUGAAAAUUAAUUGCCCAGCUGCUGCAGAAGAAUUGAACAAGUUUCUUAAAGAGCAUGGGCAUAGAUGUAUUCAGGAGAUGGACUUUAUCUCAGAACCAUGGGAUCUUAGACGUGAGAAUCUCAUCGUCACGCUUCAGACAAUGAUAUCAAUCCCGGAAACGAGCAGUCCAACUAAAGUACUCAGCGUGGAAGAAACAAUAACAUCGUUAAAAACACCAAAAUCAGCGAUUUCUAGAUGGCUCCUUAGAAAAAUUACACCUCUCUGCAGAAAAGCUGUUACGCGUAGAGAACUAACUAAAUCAAUUUUUGUAAAUGUGAUACACAGAUUCAGAUUAGCUUUUAGAAGAUUAGGAAAACUGAUGGUUUUAGAAGAAUAUAUACCUUCAGAGGAUCUAAUAUUCUUCUUAACGAUCGAGGAAAUAGGAGAAACUUUAAAUCACCGUAGUGCAAUAUUAGUACAAAAAGCUUGUCGUAGAAAACGAAUCUUUCCUAAAUUAAAAGAACUCGAAUAUCCAGAAUUUAACAUUGGUAUGCCGAACCCUAUAAAGAAAAGUAUAGAUGUGCCAAUAAGCGAUGGUAAUGUAAAGAUUGAAGGAACGUCGGUAUGCGGUGGUUCUAUUGUUGGCAGAGCAUGUGUAAUAACAGAUGUAUCACAAGCGAACACUAUACAACACGGUGAUAUUCUAAUUACUCGUUCUACUGACAUUGCUUGGAGUCCAUAUUUUUCGUUACUGAGUGGAAUAGUUACGGAAUUAGGAGGACUAAUAAGCCAUGGAGCUGUAAUAGCUAGAGAAUACGGGCUUCCUUGUAUCGUUGGCGCUAACAGAGCUACACAAUUUUUUCGAACAGGUAAAAUUUUAGUAUUCAGUAAAGAAAAAGAAAACGGAGAAUACACUAGAUAUAUAAAUGUAUUUUCAGGCGAUACUGUAUUACUGGUCGCGGAUACCGGCACUUUGCAACUAGUGAAGAAACACGAAUAAGAAAACCAAAAUCGUGUCUACCCUGCCCAUAUUGUCCACUCUCGCUUCUCAGCUUACGGACAACUAGAGAGAUUUUACUGUACGUUGUAAAAACAUAAUGUUGGUAAAUGUAGUGAUUUACUUACUUAGAUGCUUACGUUACUAGUACAACUAUACAGUGGUAACACGAUUAGGAUCAGCAAUCAACGUAGGAGUAUUAUUCUUUGUAUCACUGGCAAGACACGACAAUUGUAAAUGCAUGGAUGUUGCCACUUUUGAUAACAGCAUGUCGACUCGCAUGCGAUCUUCUUUGCUAACAGGUUGUGGUAUAGCAUCUAAAGCUUCUUCGAAGAAGUUUCUAAAAAAUAAAAGUAAAAUAAAAGUAUUUUAAUUGUAAGAUUACCAGUGCUAACGAAAAGAGAAUACUUACUUCGCCCUCGUCGUACUGUAAAAUUGUAAAGCAUUUCGUAAAAAUAUAAUGUCUGUUCGUGCUUGUACAACUCCGGCCGGUCGAAAUUGAGUCACGCAUGACAUAAGUCUCGCAAGUUCUUCCGCUACAGUUUCUACUAUAUGUGACAAUACUCGCUGUAAUAAAGCUGGCGCGACACGACGUACCUGUAAGAAAAAGAAAGCGUUACGAUAAAUAAAAACCGUGUUUCUAAAA